AUGACUGGAAAGGAUGGACUCUUUGACAGAAGUGGAGAAAAAAAAAGGUAUGAAGAACAGAAUUUCAAUGUAUUUGACGAAGAAGGCGGACGUGUAUUCAUUGAUGUUGAUAAUGAAGCUCUGACUUGGAAAGCGUGUGGUGCUCCAGUUUUCGAGGAGACAACCGUAAAGUCGUGGCAGCUGAGUGGAGUUAUUCUAUGA